CUGGUUUUAGUUAUUUUCCCGGAAACCUUACCACGACGUAGUGGACGAAAACAAGUUUUAAUCAUCUUUUAAUAAUGACCGUGACACAGCUGGUAGCUCUACUGAUUAUCUUACCGAUCGCUGCGGGAGAGCAUCGUCUCACCUGUCCUCAGACCAAAGAGGCAGCAGAAAGUCAUGAUGUCAUUAUACGGUGUGGUCUGGACCCCCCCGUCGACUUGUCUGACUACACGCUGGAUGUGGCGAGAGAUGACCUUGAUAUCAAUGAUAAUGAUGUCUACUCUUAUCGAAAUGGAAAGGACCAACCAGAUGAUCAGAUGGCUCGAUACAGAGGCAGAACAACUCUCAACCAUGAAGACCUGAUCAGAGGCAUCGUGAAGCUGAAGAUCUCCUCAGUAACUCUGUCUGAUAGUGGUCCAUAUAAAGUCUUUCUCAUAAAGCUGGGAGCCCAUUCUGUUAUUAACAUCACUGUUGUUUCCAAAGACCAAGCGAACAGGACAAAAGGAAUUGAUUCCCCCACAUCUGGACCUCCAGUGGGAGAAGAGACAGAGUCAGACCAUCGGGACUCUGCAAAGGAGGAAUCUGUCUGGAAAAUAGUGCUGGGCUGUGUCUGUGGUGUUGCUGCUGCUGUUGUUGUUCUUCUUCUCCUGGUCAAACGUGGAGUCAUCCGGAUCUGUAAGAAGACGACAGAAGCCGCGACGAGGCCAAACAACUUUAUAGUGAGAUACCUGAGCACCCCGACAACCGAGGAUAACGUAGACCCACACAGCGCUGCAGAACACGGUCUGAGAGAGUUGGUGGUCUGAGAGAGUUGGUGGUCUGAGAGAGUUGGUGGUCUGAGAGAGUUGGUGGUCCGAGACGAUACCCAGUCAUCCCCUCAACCAUAAAAACAUCCAAACUGCACCAGCUUAAGGAAAGCUUUUUACUCAACAACAGCAAAGUCAAUCUAAUUACAAAGUAAAAUAUCACGAGUAACACAUUUUACAAUCAGACAGACACACACACACACACACACACACACACACACACACACACAUAUAUACAUACUUUAUUGGUCAUCCAGAAAAGUGCGACACCUUCUGUCCUUUUGGCCUUUGAUUCAGAUUAGAAAAAAACUCCAAAAGAAACGGUAGAAACCUGAGGAAGAGACACUGAGGAGGGAUUCUACUCUCUGGGUGGAUGGAUGUCAUGUGUACAGAAUGACCAAAGAAAUUAACCGUUAAGGUCUUUAUAGACAAACGGGAGAAGCUUAAAAUCAAAUCUGAACUGUAACCAUGGUAAUGAUCAUCUCAUCUGACUCUCAUCUGAGCAAAUAAGCUUAUUUCCUAAAUGUCUACUUCUUUUUAAAUGACUUUAUGUGCUCACAGGGAAAAACGGAAUCACUUUCUAGAGCAGGGGUUUUCAAACUUUUUGUGUGUGUGGACUAGAGCUGGGCGAGAAAAUCUAAUAUCACGAUAUUUUUGACCAAAUACCUUGAUAUCGAUACCGCAACGAUGUAGUGUUG